GACAUCACGUGACGACGUCGCACGGAAUGCUGGGAAACAAACAGUGGUAUGAAUAACACUUGGCGUAAACAUCCGUUACCUGUGUGUGCAAGAGUUCGUGGAGCGCAAGCAAACAACCAGUCCGGCAGACGCAGCGACCGUCUUCCACAGCGUUUAUAACCGUGCUCAGCUGAGCGAAGAGAUGUGACAGUCUGAGCGGCGAGAGCGGCGGAAUCUGGACUCGGGAAAGUUGCGCGCGUGUGUGUGAUUUAUGGGUCAGACAGGAGCGGUCUGAGAGAGGUUUAUUCUUCUGAUGUUGGGAUCGAGAGUAUGGCGUUCAUAAGCGAGCGACAGCUGACGUGCUUGCAUCUCAAGUCCUUGAAGUGGCUCGACUCCACAUCAGUCUUUCCGAGAUAAAUCACUAACGUUAGAUGAUAAAUCACUGGACUCUUUCCAGGGAAUCGUCGCUGAUCGCUUCGCCAGAGCAGCCCGGGUUGGGCAACGUGUAGCCUACGUUCAAGGGUCAACAUUGUGGACUGGUCCAGUCGAUCAAUUCAGUGGAGUCAUAUGAAGUCGGGAUGAAUCUGUGGAGCUCGGGGCCAGUGCAGGGGGUGCUGAAAGCCCUGAAGCACGCAGCGGGGAGAGGACACGUCCAGCUCAGCCGCUGGCUGCAGCGGACCCCGGACUCACUGGACUGCGACAAGAUCGACAUCUUGAUCUGUAACGUGUUUGACGAGCGAGGGAACGGAGGGAGACCGGAGGCGGACCCCGCGGGUCACACCGAGCCCGUCGCGUCCUUCGCUCCCGAGUUCAGACACCCGUGCUGCAUCACCACCUGUUGCUUCAAGAGCGCCCUGCUGGCGUGCGUCCUGACAGCCGUGUGCUUCUCCUCGGUGGCUCUGGUCCGUCAGUACCUGAAGGACGCGCUGCUGUGGGUGGAGAGUUUGGACAGUUUCGUGGGAGCCCUGCUGUUCAUAGUGGGCCUGAUCACGGUGUCGUUCCCCUGCGGCUGGGGCUACAUCGUGCUGAACGUGGCCGCGGGGUACCUGUACGGGUUUGUGUUGGGCAUGGGGCUGGUGAUGGUGGGGGUUUUGAUCGGGACUUUCAUCGCUCAUCUGGUGUGUAAGCGACUGCUGACGAACUGGGUUCUGGGUAAGAUCGGCAGCAGUGAACAGCUGAGUGCUGUUAUUCGGGUCGUGGAGGGGGGAAGUGGACUCAAAAUCGUGGCCUUAGCGAGACUCACGCCGAUCCCUUUCGGCCUCCAGAACGCGGUCUUCUCGAUCACAGAUGUGUCCUUGCCAAAUUAUUUAGUGGCUUCCUCAGUGGGACUUCUCCCAACACAACUCCUUAACUCGUAUCUGGGCACCACCCUGCGCACAAUGGAAGAUGUGAUUGCAGAACAGAGCGUCAGUGGAUACUUUGUGUUCAGUCUACAGAUCUUCAUCAGCAUAGGCCUGAUGUUUUAUGUUGUACAUCGAGCACAAGUGGAACUGAACGCCGCCAUUGCAGCCUGCCAGUUGGAGCUGGAGACGUCUUGCAUGAACGGCGGAGCGGCCAACCACAGCGGCUCGACCUACUGCAGCAAACGGGCUGCGGCGGGAGGGGGGAUCAACGUGGUCUGAAUGAACAUAUUUCAAUCCUUUAUCCAGCUGGACGGAUGGAGAUCUGCCUCGCCUGCGUCAGGGAGUCUCGGGAGCUGCUACAGUCCCAGCUAGCUCGCUAGCUCAGCUAGUUCUGGUUCUGAUGGAGGUCUGAUGUGCAUGUGGAGUGACACUGGACUGUCAGAGAGAUCAUCAGGCUUUGAUGGAAACAUUGCCCAAAGAUUGGGACCCAGGGCCAGUAUUAAAUGAGACGUUUAUGAGAUUGCCUUGAGAUAUAUUUGUUUUUGCGGUACAUUUUCUUUUCUUAAUGAUACUAAUAUAAAAUUCUUAAACUUUAUAGGCGGUCUAAAGCAUGAAAUGGGUAAAUUAAAGCAAAUGUUAUAGAAUUGUAGUUAGUUACUAAAGAGGGCCCAACUAAUAUAUCAGGUUAAUAUGCUUAAGAUGUUUCCUUUUUUGUUGUUAUAUUAUAUAUGUGUGUGUGUGCAGAGUUGUUUCCUUUUUUUUUUUAUACUUUUUUUUAUUUAUUUUUUAUUCAUCUAAAGGUAUUGCUUGAUGGAUCGUUUCUUUUCGUAUUAUGUCUAGAGUAAGAAAAACUAUUAUCAGUUAGUACCACCUGCGUACAAAUUCUGGCUCUUGCCAAACCGGGAACACUUUUGCUACUCUGCAGUUUUGUAAGGAACAGAUGGGAGGGAAGGAUAUUUUCUUAGCUGGAUAUUUAAGGAUGUCCUGCCAAGAGUCUUUAGUACAGCCUGAUUAGCUCAGCGGUGUGACCGUACGCGUUCGAUUUCUCAUAUUGAGAGGACUAAAAUUCUUUGCCUUCUUUGUUGUAUCGUGUAACCAAAUGCUUUAUUAUAGGGCUGUUUGCAUUUUUGAUAACACUUGUUCUUUUUUUUUUCAUUGUUAGAAUCAUAAUCAAAAACGUUUGCACAUAUGGAAUUGAACAAACUGAAAUCUGUAAGAUAAAGGCAAAAUGUAGAAAAGUGGGGAAAGUAAUUAUUAUGAAUAUAUUCUAUAUAUUUAAUACAUUUGUAUAAUUAUUUAAAGAUAUGAUUUAUAUAAACAUUUUCCCUAAAUAAGGGGAAGAGAGAUAUAUAAAGGGAAGCGUUGUCAUAUGUUAGUACUUUGUUAUUAAUAUGUAAUGAAUGCUGAAGUUCAACAUUAUUCCCAUCAGUCUAAUGGGUUGUUGGCACUGGGCUAAAAUGGCUCACAGUUGCCUACAAUGCAUCUUUUGGCAGUUUUUCUCAAAAAUGCCCACUAGUGAAAAUUCAGCUCCCCAGCACACUUAGGCGCGACAAGAUCAGCUACAAAUAACUGAAAAAACUGCGAACUACAACUGAAAUGUUAUUACACGACUCCAGUCAUGGUAAUGUCUGUCCUUCCCUCCUUAGAGAUUCACCUAAUUAGAAACAAAAGACUCCUGAGCAUUGACUGAUGUAUUCGGGUCCUGGCUCUAUCAUUUAGCACGGGUGAACUCACUGCUUCCACACCGGGAACGUGCGAGGGAUUUCACACAAUCCUGAGGCUUAGUUUGUUUGUCGGGCUGGUUGACAUGAAAUGAUACUGUAAAUCCAGCCGUUCAUGCUGUAAAUCAUUGUGGAGGUGACUUUGAUGUGGUUUGAUUUUGUCAUUGUGAGCUUUUUAUCCCCAUUUGUAUUUUUAUUUUAUAAGAAACGCAUGCUCUCGAUGGAUUUCCCAGUAACUGAAACGUACACUCGGUGGGUAGUGACUUCAUUCUCCGAGUCAUUUGAGACUCGCUGUUUUGUUUACAGCAUCAACACUAGAGCGUCACCAUAAUCUGACAAUCAGUGGAGCACUGGUGCGCUGCUCAUUCCGAAAAACCAUCUCAUCUUACUCUGUAUUUACGUCUCCAGUUAUAGUUUUGCUGCUACUUAGACUGUAGGGUCUGAGUGAAAUGCUGACAAGGGCUCGAAUUAAUAUUGCAAUUUUAUUAAGUGAUCUAGACCAUCUCGCUUUUUCAUACAUGGAGAGUGUGCAAAUAGAUUUUCUAACAAGUUGUUACAUUUAUUUGGAAACGUGCAGGUGUUACUAGGCACAAAUGGACACAUUCCUUAACUUAAAAAUGGGACGAUUUUUUUGUUUGUUUGUUUUUCUCAAAGGAAAUGGAAUAGCCCCUCUGUUUUCUGAAUUUAGCAAUAAAUAAAAACUGAACAUGCUGACUCACCAUCUGAGUUACAUUGUAGAGAUCCAACAAUCCUGGUCUUGUGUUACGAUGUCAACCUGCCUUGUACCUCUUGCUGCCUAAGACACCGAAACGGGACACUUCCUGGCGGUGUGUUCAGACUCUUAAUUCGAGCAGGCAUGGGGUCGCGAUAACUGAAAAGAUGAAGAUUGUUGGCGUGUAAAAUGCAAAAAGAAUCAAAAUUUAAUGAACAACAAUAAUAAAUGACAAUUUGAGGUUAUGUAUCAGUGCUUUUGUCUUAUUUUUCCAGUCCAAAUAACAGUGGGAUAUGCAACAGUGCUAUAUAUAACAGCAAAGGGGUCAUGUGAGGUUCUUGGCAAACCUUAAUCUGAAGAUUACAACACAUUUAAAAAGCAAAAAAAAUUAAAUGUAAUUUCAGAUUAGGGCACAUCAGGUACUAUACUGAAACCUCUUGACCCCUUUGACAAGUGCAUUUUACAUACACUGUAUUUUGUUAUACAGAGAAUUUAGCAAUGUAAAUAUUUAUCGCUGUACCAUGCUUGUUCAGUGUUAUUUAUGAAAUAAAACUGUUGAAAAAUUA